AUGGCCGAUGCUGUGGGCCUCGCUGCAAGCGUCAUCGCAAUCAUCAACCUGUCCGCCAAAGUCGCCGUCCUCUGCCUCCAGUACUCCACCGCUGUCGGGAACGCUAGGGCCGACAUCACACGCCUCCGAAGCCGGUUGGACGACCUAGGCACAAUCCUCCAGGGUGUUCAGCAUCUUCUUGAUAACCAGAAUAAUCAAGCGCUCGCGACUUCGCGAAAACUGGUCGACUCUGUUAAUAGCUGCACAUCAGAGCUGGUCCAGUUGCAGAGCAGGCUGGAUCCGGGCAAGGCCCGUAAGGCGAUGCGCCAUUUCGGACUUCAUGCCCUCAAGUGGCCUUUUAAUAGCAAGGAGGUCAGCGAUAUCGUCUUUAACCUAGAACGCUAUAAACAGACUAUCACUUUAGGCAUCUCGCUCCAACCCAAAAAGGAUACAUCAAUAGCUCACAAGCCCUACUUCAGCCUACCAUUCGAACGCAAUCCUGACUUCGUCGACCGACCCGACAUUAUGGUAUGGAUAAAGAAGCAAUAUACAGGCCCCGUUUGUUAUAUGGCCCUUAUAGGCAUAGGCGGAUUUGGUAAAUCGCAGGUCGCUAUUCAAUUUGCACAUCAUAUCCGCGAUAUAUCACCGCAAACCAGUAUUUUCUGGGUACACGCAAGUUUGAAGCCAAGGUUUGAAGAGGCAUACCAGUCUAUUGCGGAUAAUUUACGGCUACCUAGGCGAAACGAUCCCAGCGUCGACAUACUUGGGUUAGUUCGCGACUGGCUGCAGAGAGAGGAAGCUGGCCCGUGGUUAAUGGUCUUGGAUAAUGUUGACGACGUUAACCUCUUCUACCCCAGCUCCAGCGCCGGAAGAGAUAGGGCACUACUUGCAGUCUUCCUACUGAAACGCCGCAAUGGAAUUAUCCUCGUUACAUCACGCAGCAUAGACGCCGCUAAGAAGCUAAUAGGAAGCCAUAAGGCUGUCUAUAGAAUCUCAGCUAUAGAUAACGCCCAAGCCCUUCAGCUUUUUCACAACAAGCUACAGAGAGACUCUAAUAAGACUGCUGCUGCUGAUCUUCUUCGUACUCUGGAUUAUAUCCCAUUGGCUAUUACCCAAGCGGCGGCAUAUAUUAACCGUUGCGCCCCCUGCAUAUCAGUAAAGACAUACCUAGACGCCUUCCAGGAAAGUGAUAAAAAGAAGGGCAGCCUCCUUAAUAGCGAUACGGGGGAUCUUCGACGGGAUAAGACUGUCUCUAACUCCGUGAUACGCCGCGAGAGACCAUCCGCAGCCAACCUGCUCUCACUUAUAAGCUUCUUCAAUCCGCAAGGCAUCCCCGAGUUUGUACUCUACAACUAUAAGGGCAAUCUAAUGGAGAAUGCAGACGGGCUUAAGGACGACGAGGAUAAUGACGAAUUUGAGGAUGAUCUAGAUGUCCUCCGCGGCUACUUACUUGUAUCUGUAACAGCAAAGAGGGAUAUGUGUGAGAUAUAUACCCUAGUGCAGUUUUGCACUUGUAUCUGGCUAUCCAUAAUAUUACUGCCACAUAUUAAGUUAAUAGUAGAGGAGGAGCCGCUAGAGAAGGACCUAGAGCAGUGGGCCUAUUUAUUGACGAAUUGUGCAUGGUACUUAGUCACUACAGGGAGCUAUAAAGCAGCAGAGAAGCUGAGCGAAAGAGCAGUCAAAACGAGGGCCAAUGUGCUAGGAGAGGAGCAUCCCGACAUGCUGAAUAGCAUGGCCAACCUGGCGGCGAUGUAUAGCAACCAAGGGCGAUGGAUGGAUGCAGAAGAGUUAGAGGUGCGAGUGAUAGAGACAAGAAAGACAGUGCUGGGAGAGGAGCAUCCCUAUACGCUGGCCAAAGAGUUAGAGGUGCAAUUAAUAGAGACGAUGAAGAUAGUACUGGGAGAGGAGUAUCCCCGUAUACUGAGCAGUAUAGCCAGCCUGGCGGCAACAUACUGGAACCAAGGGCGAUGGAAGGAGGCAGAAGAGCUACAGGUGCGAGUGAUGGAGAUAAUGAAGACAGUACUGGGAGAGGAGCAUCCCGAUACGCUGAGCAGUAUGGCUAAUCUAGCGUCAACAUAUAGGAACCAGGGGCGAUGGAUGGAUGCAGAAAAGUUAGAGGUGCGAGUGAUGGAGACGACGAAGACAGUACUGGGAGAGGAGCAUCCCCAUAUGCUGAGCAGCAUGGCCAACCUAGCCGUUACCUGGAAACACCAAGGCCGCACUGGAGAUGCUCUAGCUCUAAUGCGAAACUGCGUUGCCUUACAAGGGCGAGUGCUUGGUAUAGACCAUCCGGCCGCAGCAUCCUCGUCGGCAACUCUGGCUAAAUGGGAGGGAGUGAGCAACCUAUCACAGGGAAGGAGCAAUCUGGAAUGA